CUUGAUUCAAGAGGAGGCCAAGCUCCAUGUCGUUGCAAAGCCCACCUCGAAGUCCAAAGCCUGUCCCUGCUUCGUGAUCAGCCGGUCACUUUGAGGGUGACAAGAAGUGAUGCGGUGGGCGCUGUGGACGUCCUCAGUGCCCAAGGUGAUCUACCCGAGACCCAGGCUAUCUCUAUCUCUACUGACACGGAGCUUCUCCUCGACACCAUGCUACAACCUGACAACGACCGAGCUAUUCCAGCAACCGGGUUUGGCAAAUGUCCAAAUCAACCCUGAUCGACUCUGGGAUACCAUCCACUCCACCGCAAAAUGGACGGAGCCAAAGAACGUCCCGAACGACGACAUCACGACAGCGGGCCUGACGAGGCUGACGCUGAGCAGAGAAGACAAACAGGCUCGUGAUUGGUUCGUCGAGACCACGAAGUCCUUAGGAUGCCAGGUCCAUGUCGACCAGAUCGGCAACAUCUUCGCGAUCCGGCCGGGUCUGAAGAAGGAGAACGAGAACAUCCCCGCCACAUUCGCCGGCAGCCACCUUGAUUCCCAGCCCAGUGGCGGCAGAUUCGACGGCGUGCUAGGUGUCGCGGCGGGCAUCGAGAUGCUCAGAGUUCUCAACGACAACUGGAUCGAGACUGAAGGGCCCGUCGGCGUGGUCAACUGGACCAACGAGGAGGGCGCAAAGUAUCCUAUCAGCAUGAUGGGCAGCGGUGUCUGGUCUGGCCGGAUAUCGUUGGACGAUGCCUGGAAUACGAAGAGCGUCACUCCUGGACGGCCGGUCACGACGGUCAAGCAGGAGCUCGAACGGAUAGGAUAUCUAGGUGCGUUACCCGCGAAUUACGAAAAGGGUAUACCGAUCGGCGCCCAUUUCGAGCUGCAUAUCGAGCAAGGACCCAAGCUGGAGAAGUCUGGGCAGAAGAUCGGCGUCGUAGAAGGAGUACAGGCGUACAAGUGGUUCACCAUCACUGUGACUGGACGAGAAGCACAUGCUGGAACAACGGACAUGGCCAACCGGUUCGACGCCAUGCAUACGGCUGCACAGUUCAUGGUCGAGGCAAGGGCUAUCACGAGGCACGAGCCAGGAGGCGGAGGGCUGGUCACGUUCGGUAGGCUAACGGCGUCUCCGGGCAGUGUCAACACGAUCGCCGGCAAAGUCGAGAUGAGUUUAGAUAUGCGAUAUCCUUCAGACGAAGGGUUGGCGACGAUGGUGGAAAAGCUCUAUCAACUCCGUGAUAGACUGAAUAAUGCUGGACCCGAGGUCGAGGUACGGGAAGAUUUCUCCAGCGCGGCAGUCAGGUUCAGUACCGAGGCGACCAGAUGUGUCGAGGAGGGUGCAGCCACUGUGCUUGGAGACGGGCAUGAAGAGAAAAUGCAGAAAAUGACGAGCGGAGCGGGCCAUGAUAGUGUCUGCACCAACAUGCAUUGUCCUACGGCCAUGAUUUUUGUGCCAUCCAAAGAUGGAGUCAGCCAUAAUCCUAGCGAGUGGACGGACAAGGAGGAUUGCGCCACGGGUGCGAACGUGCUGUUGCAAUCGGUUCUGAGGAUGGACAAAUUGCGCAAAGAUAGGGGGGAUUUUGAGUAAUACGCGAUUCGUGGUCGGAAGUGACUUGCAAGUGGAAAGAGUGGGGCCAAUAUAUCUCGAAAACUGGAAGAAGUUGUGGCCGAUCACAUGGCAUUUUCAUUGAUUCUCUGAAGAUUCAGGAGCGCGCAGGACCAGCAAAGAUCCGCGACUACUCUGAUUUCAAUCUUCUGUCCACUGCUGGUUGUAGCCCCAUUAUCGAAUGAUUCCGACCAUCAGAUAUUGUCCAGCACCGUACGUAGUACGGCAUCUUCAAUCCCCUUUCAUGCAAGAUUCAUGUCA